AUGAAGUGUGGGGAGCCGUCGGGGGCACAGGGAGCCUGGGCAGGACUUGGAGUAGGGUGGGACCCUGGCCUGCCCAGCUGAGAGAUGCUGGAGGGAGAUGAAAUCAGAGCUUCCACCUUAGGCUGCGACGUGGAGCCCUUUGGAGUAGCUGUGGCAGCCAGCUUGUGAGUGAGGAGCUGGAGGUGGGAAGCCACCUGGGUGCAGCAGCCUCAGCCCAGUGCUGAGGCUAGAGGUCCCAUUGUCCAUUUUGAGAGCCGAGGUGGCGGACAGAGGGUCUGGACUGAGGCCUGCUGGCUGGGCCUCUGCAGGCAGGAACCAUGGCGGAGGGUGGGGAUGCUGCACUAACGGUAGCCGAGUGGCUGCGGGCGCUGCACCUGGAGCAGUACACUGGGCUAUUCGAACAGCAUGGACUGGUGUGGGCCACUGAGUGCCAAGGCCUCAACGAUGCCCGCCUGACGGACAUGGGCAUGCUCCUGCCCGGCCACCGUCGCCGGAUCCUGGCUGGUUUGCUCCGUGCCCACACACUCCCAGCUCCUGCACCCCGCCCUGCCCCACGGCCUGUGCCCAUGAAGCGCCACAUCUUCCGCUCACCACCUGUACCGGCCACUCCACCUGAGCCGCUGCCCUCAGCUGCCGGAGAUGAGGGGAUACCUAUCGCCCCUCCCAUCCCUCCCCGCAGGAGCUGCCUUCCGCCUGCCUGCUUCACGGCCCAGUCCUUGGCUGCCCCAGUAUCUGUGCUGCCCCCACUGCCUGCCAAGCGACAUUUGGUGGAACCAAGUGUUCCACCUGUGCCUCCUCGCACUGGACCUCCCCUCCCGCUGAGCCUUCCCUCCAAGGAGGAGGGGUUAUUAUUGCCACCACUGUCAUCCGGUCCCCAGCCAGAGCCUGUGGAGCUCCUGUCCACCCUCCCAUCCACUCUACUCCAAGGGCCUUUGCGGCCCCCAUCUUCCCCUCCCUGUCCCCCGGAGAUCCCUCCCAAGCCUCUCCGCCUGCCCCCCGAGUUCGAUGAUUCUGACUACGAUGAGGCCCCAGAGGAGGGGCCUGGGGCCCCUGCCAGCGUGAUGACCAAGAAGGAGGAACCCCCACUGAGCCGAGUCCCGCGGGCCGUGCGCGUGGCCAGUCUGCUGAGUGAAGGAGAGGAACUGUCUGGGGAUGAAGAAGAUGAGGAUGGCCAUGCUUAUGAGGGCAUUCCCAAUGGUGGGUGGCCCACCAGCAGCCUGAGCCCAGCCUUGCCCAGUCUGAUCCCUGAGCUCCCACCGUACCCCAUGGAUGAGCUGCCUGGGGGCUCCACCCCCAUCACACCAGUCAUCAAGGCUGGCUGGCUGGACAAGAACCCACCGCAGGGAUCGUAUAUCUAUCAGAAGCGAUGGGUAAGACUGGAUGCUGACCACCUGCGAUACUUUGACAGUAACAAGGACGCCUAUUCUAAGCGCUUUGUCCCCGUGGCCUGCAUCUCCCGUGUGGCUGCCAUUGGGGACCAGAAGUUUGAAGUGAUCACAAACAACCGGACCUUUGCCUUCCGAGCAGAGAGUGAUGUGGAGCGGAAGGAAUGGAUGCAGGCUUUGCAGCAGGCAGUGGCUGAACAGCGCUCCCGGGCCCGGCAGUCUAGUGCUUAUCUGUUGGGAGUGCGAGGCUUGGAGCAGCCUGACCGUGCUGGCAGCCUGGAGCUUCGAGGCUUUAAGAAUAAGCUGUAUGUGGCUGUGGUCGGGGACAAAGUGCAGCUGUAUAAGAACCUGGAGGAAUACCACCUGGGCAUUGGGAUCACCUUCAUUGACAUGAGUGUGGGCAAUGUGAAGGAAGCAGACCGGAGAAGCUUCGACCUCACCACGCCCUACCGCAUCUUCAGCUUCUCAGCCGAUUCAGAGCUAGAAAAGGAGCAGUGGCUGGAGGCCAUGCAGGGAGCCAUUGCUGAGGCCUUGUCCACCUCGGAAGUGGCUGAGCGCAUCUGGGCUGCGGCCCCCAACAGGUUCUGUGCUGACUGCGGGGCUGCCCAGCCUGACUGGGCCUCCAUCAAUCUCUGCGUUGUCAUCUGCAAGCGAUGUGCAGGGGAGCACCGGGGCCUGGGUGCUGGUGUGUCCAAGGUGCGGAGCCUGAAGAUGGACAGGAAGGUGUGGACGGAAACACUGAUUGAGCUCUUCUUACAGCUGGGCAAUGGUGCUGGAAACCGCUUUUGGGCAGCCAACGUGCCCCCCAGCGAAGCCCUGCAGCCUAGUAGCAGCCCUGGUGCCCGGCGGCACCACCUGGAGGCCAAGUACAGGGAGGGCAAGUACCGCCGCUACCACCCACUCUUUGGCAACCAGGAGGAGCUGGACAAGGCCCUGUGUGCUGCAGUCACCACCACGGACCUGGCUGAGACCCAGGCGCUCCUGGGUUGUGGGGCUGGGGUCAGCUGCUUCUCAGGGGACCCAGAGGCCCCCACACCCCUGGCUCUUGCCGAACAGGCCGGGCAGACCUUGCAGAUGGAAUUCCUUCGGAACAACCAGACUACGGAGGUCCCUCGGCUGGACUCACUGAAACCUCUGGAAAAGCACUACUCAGUUGUCCUGCCAACUGUGAGCCACAGUGGCUUCCUCUACAAGACUGCUUCCGCUGUCAAGCCGCUGCAGGACCGCCGCGCCCGGGAAGAGUUCAGCCGACGCUGGUGUGUCCUUAGCGACGGGGUGCUGAGCUACUAUGAGAAUGAGCGGGCAGUGACGCCCAACGGGGAGAUUCGGGCCAGCGAGAUGGUGUGCCUGGCAGUCCCCCCUCCUGACACCCAUGGCUUUGAACACACCUUUGAGGUGUACACAGAGGGAGAACGGCUGUACCUGUUUGGGCUGGAGAGUGUGGAGCUGGCUCAUGAGUGGGUCAAGUGCAUUGCCAAGGCAUUUGUGCCUCCUCUGGCUGAGGACCUGCUGGCUCGGAAUUUUGAGCGGCUUGGGCGCCUACCGUACAAAGCUGGCCUGAGCCUCCAGCGGGCCCAGGAGGGCUGGUUUGCCCUGACUGGCUCCGAGCUCCAUGUUGUCUUCCCAGAAGGGCCCUGUGAUGAGCCUCUGCAGCUCCGGAGACUGCAGGAGCUUUCCAUCCAGGGGGACAGCGAGAACCAGGUGCUAGUGCUGGUGGAGCGAAGGAGGACGCUGUACAUCCAAGGGGAACGGCGGCUGGACUUCAUGGGCUGGCUGGGGGCCAUCCAGAAAGCAGCAGCUAGCUUGGGGGACACACUGUCAGAGCAGCAGCUUGGAGACUCGGACAUUCCUGUGAUUGUGUACCGCUGUGUGGACUACAUCACCCAGUGUGGCCUGACCUCUGAGGGCAUCUACCGCAAGUGUGGGCAGACAUCAAAGACACAGAGGCUCUUGGAGAGCCUGAGGCAGGACGCACGCUCUGUGCACCUCAAGGAGGGUGAGCAGCACGUGGACGACGUCUCCUCUGCACUCAAACGCUUCCUGCGUGACCUGCCGGAUGGGCUCUUCACUCGUGCUCAGCGCCUAGCCUGGCUGGAGGCCUCAGAGAUUGAGGAUGAGGAGAAGAAGGUCUCCAGAUACCGAGAGCUCCUGGUGCAUCUGCCCCCUGUCAACCGGGCCACAGUGAAGGCCCUUAUCAGCCAUCUAUACUGUGUCCAGUGCUUCUCAGACACGAACCAGAUGAACACUCACAACCUGGCUAUUGUGUUCGGGCCCACGCUCUUCCAGACAGAUGGGCAGGACUACAAGGCCGGCCGGGUGGUAGAAGACCUCAUUAGCCAUUAUGUGGUGGUGUUCAGUGUGGACGAAUUGGAGCUAAAGAAGCAACGGGAGGAGGUUACUGCCAUUGUGAAGAUGCGAGUGGCUGGCACUGCUAGUGGGACCCAGCAUGCAGGUGACUUCAUCUGCACUGUGUACCUAGAGGAGAAGAAGGCAGAGACUGAGCAGCAUGUCAAGAUUCCAGCAUCUAUGACAGCAGAGGAGCUUACCCUGGAGAUCCUGGACCGCCGCAAUGUGAACAUCAGGGAGAAGGACUAUUGGACUUGCUUUGAGGUCAAUGAGAAGGAGGAAGCAGAGCGGCCCCUGCACUUUGCGGAGAAGGUGCUGCCCAUCCUGCAUGGACUAGGCAUGGACAGCUACCUGGUGGUGAAGAAGCACCAGUCCAUGGAGGCCAUGCUGCUGUACCUGGCCAGCCGUGUGGGUGACACCAAGCAUGGCAUGAUGAAGUUCCGUGAGGACCGCAGCCUCCUGGGUCUGGGACUGCCCUCGGGUGGCUUCCAUGAUCGCUACUUUAUCCUCAACAGCAGCUGCCUGCGGCUCUACAAAGAGGUCCGGAGCCAGAGGCCAUGGAGCGGGGCCCCUGAGACCAGUCACCGGCCUGAGAAGGAGUGGCCUGUCAAGAGUCUCAAAGUCUACCUGGGUGUGAAGAAGAAACUUCGACCACCAACCUGCUGGGGUUUUACAGUGGUGCAUGAGACAGAGAAACAUGAGAAGCAGCAGUGGUACCUUUGCUGUGACACCCAGAUGGAGCUCCGGGAGUGGUUCGCCACCUUCCUCUUUGUGCAGCAUGAUGGCCUGGUGUGGCCUUCAGAGCCCUCGCGUGUGUCCCGGGCAGUGCCUGAAGUCCGGCUAGGCAGUGUGUCAUUGAUCCCCCUGCGUGGCAGUGAAAAUGAAAUGCGCCGGAGCGUGGCAGCCUUCACUGCGGACCCCCUUUCUCUCCUCCGCCAUGUCUGAGCACAGGAGUCAGCCUGGCUCUGGGACACUGCCACUGCCACUGGGAAGCCUUCCUGCUCAGACACCCUCGUGCCCUGUGUGCCCGGCAUGAGCCAGCAGGGGUGCAUGAGGAAGCUGUACCUCACAUCCUACAUCCGACUGCAGCAUGGGGCUCUCUGGCUGUGGUGGGAGGCAGCAGGGUCUGCCCUGGGUGGGGACCCUCCUGGCUUUUCAGGUGUGUAGCCCUCCUGGCCUGACUUGCUCACCCAGGGUCACCCAUCCUGAGUUUGUGGGGUUGGAGAGAUGGGCAGAAAUCAGGAGCUCUGGAGGACAUCAUCAAGGAGAGGCCCUGGGGCCCUGCUGGAAUGGAGCCCAGCCCCUUGCCCAAAACUCCAGGUUAGCCAAGAGUGGGUGUUCUGAACAAACAUUGAGCCAGGUGGUGAGGGAGCUCUGGGGAAACUUCUACAGGGCUGAGAGCUGGACUUUGGGGACUUCAGCCCCCUUCCAGUCUGUACUGGCUGGGAGGACCCAGGCUGCCGAUGUCCCUUCCCCACUUUGGGGGCUUUUUGAUAAUAUAAAUAUAUCUGUAUAUUUUACCCUGUAGUGCUGAGGUCUGUGAUUGCUUGGGGAGAUUGGUGUCCUGGGAUAGGUGGGAGCAGUUGGUCCUGGAAACUCAGAGGUGAGCCUUAGUACCCUGAAGAUGGGAGACCAGAUCCUGCUGUCUCCAGGCCUGAGCUGUCCAGACACUGCUGCAGACAGUAUCAGCCUGGCUCUGCGCCAGCCCUGUUGUACCCCUGUGCAGCCAGGCUAGGGAAUGCCAGGUCUAGGCCAGGGCAGACUCCAGCUGGGCCUGAGUGCCUGUCCUUGCUGCAGUCUGAGCCAGGGCCUGGGUGUGCAUGUCAGUGGCUCAGCGCAGUCUGUGCUAGAAACACAAGGCCACAGCUCAUAAGAGCAUUUGUAAACUGGAACGAACUAGGGUUGGACCUGUGUCCACCUUGCACAGGUUGCUGCACUUGCUGGGCACUGUCUGUCCCUCUCCUCUAAGCAAACAGGACCUUAACUGGCAGGGGGGAUUGAGCCGAUCAGAGACAGAGUGAGGACUCCUUGGGAAUAUGCCAGACAUGUCAUUGCCACCUCUCCUGGAGCCUCAUUACCACUUGCUCCCAGGGGCCCAGCAAGCAGACCUGCUGACCUCCACAGACUAAGCCAGUGGGACUGGGCAGAGCAGGUGCAGGAUGGACCACAUGACUUCUCACUAGUGAUCCAGCUCAGUAGAGAGACCUGGGUACUGGUAGGGGCUUUAAGGACCUGGAUCCCAGGUUCCAGGGUCCCUUGACCCCUACUGUCCUAUUUCAUGGACUGUGCCAAAGUCCCUUGAGUUUUCCAACUCUUGUCCUGUUCUGGGUGGGCUGCUCCAGGCCAGACUGAUGGAUCAAAUGUCUGACCACUCUACCUUCAGGCAGGACAAAGUUUAUGGGCUCCCUCAUCCAAGGACUUGGGCUGGAAUUCUUCCCUGGAUCUGACCUUGCAUUGACCACCUAACCUUGAGGCCUACUAACCUCGAGAGUGGGUGUGCACCCUGCUAGGCUGACACUCACUACCUUGACUUCGGGGCUGACAGCAGGUACUGCAUUGAGACACUAGGGGGCAGGCAUGGUCUACUCAUCGCUGUUCGGAACAGUGUCCAAAGGCCUAUAAUGUGCUGGUCCUGGCUCAGGCUUUGUUGUGCUUUGGGGUGGAACAGACCCUCACUCUGCCUUUGGCCCCUAGGCUGGUAAUAUUCUGGAAGGCAGCACAGUACAAGAAUGUGUAAGGGUAUUUGUUUGUUUUGUUUUUUGCAAGGUACUGGGGUUUGAACUCAGGGACUUGGUGCCUGUCAGGUAAGCUCUCUACUACUUGAGACACACUUCCUGUCCCCAGGAAUGUGCUUUGGACUCCAAGGCUCUAGGACUUAGAAAAAGGAGGAGCAACUCUUUACCAAGUGCCUGGCUGGGAAUGCAGCUCAGUGGUUGAGCAUUUGCCAGCAUGCACAAGGCCCUGGGUUCAAUCCCCAGAAAUACCACCAAAAAAAAAUUUAUCACCUUUACCAAGCACCUACUAUGAGUCAGUGCCUAGGCUUCGUGUGCUAUCUGUCCUUUUUUGGCAGAGGAGGGAAGCCAGGCAAAGAAGGGAAGACAACUGUCCCGAGGUUACACAGCUCUCCUUAGUCAGGCUUGAGGCCCUCUUCUACUGCCCCACGUUGGAGGGGUGUCCUUCCUUGACUCCCCUCCUGAUUCCAGCACUGUUUUCCUCUCUCACCAGGGAGUGGCCCUGCUGCUCCCCAGGAAGAAAAUAAGAGCAGGCAGGAGUCAGUGACAGUGCAGAGUGCUUGCCCAAGGGGUUGGGGGCUGUGUCCCAGCAGGAGCCUUCAAGGCUUAACCUUCAUGAAAUUUGACAGUAACGACAGUAUUGGGUGGAUUAGGACGGGAUGAUCUGUUGGCCCUUGCCACAAGGAUUCCUAAAAAUGAGGCUUCUUAGGACCCUGGGUGGUUUGUGCACAUGUGAUUUGAGGUUGCUGGGGGUGGUGGUGGUGGCAGAUGAAGCACCCAGAACUAAGCUGAAGAAGCAACUUGGGGACUCUUCCUCGAGGAGCGUAGUUGGGGGUGGGGGUUGAUGUUAGGGGAGGAGGACAGGGCUUUGAAGGCCAGCCCAAGUCCAGUCCUAAACCCUGGGGACCACAGGGAACCCUGGAAGAGAAGGUUGCAGUGAGAGCCAGAGUGGUAGGGCAUGUGGAUGAAGGGGAGGCUGAGAGAGAGAGAGAGUCAGGAAGAGCUGCUAGGCAGGCUGGGAUGUCUGCCUUUCUCCCUUCUUCCUCCUGGCUCAGCCUUCCUGCUCCAUAGUGUCUGGCAGCAAGGCUGAGGGAGACCUCUGGUGAGCAGGGAGUCAGUGGGACAGAGAGGGGAAGAACUGGGCCCUGCCUCCCACUCUCCUUGCCCCUGAGCCCAAGGACUGUAGGGGGCCUGGAGCUGAGGCCUUCUUUUCUGGCUCUAAUGCUUUGGUGGCUCCCAAUCCCCUGCCCACAGCUAGCUGUCUGGAAAAAGCAUGGGUGUGGAUGUAUACACUCGUUUACAAGCUGUGUGGCAUUGGUGGAGGCACUUAGGUCUCUGAUUCUCAGUGUUUGCAUGUGUACUUUGGAGAUAUUAAUAGUAGCUGCCUGCUGUUGGGUUCUUGGAGGAUUAAAUGAGCUGGUGAAUGUGAAGCACCUAGCACAGUACCUUGCUACAUGUGUCUGAGGAAACAUAAUGCAUUCCGAGUCCUUUCCAGGCCCAAUAUAUUUUCAUUCAACAAGCACUUAUUGAACACCUACUGUGUGCAGAGGUGAACACAUUGUGGGUGGGGACAGAUGAGUAAGUGGUGUGAGGCAGGGCUGUUAGAGUGACUGAAGCAUCAAAAGUGCCUACCUAGCAAGCAUGAGACCCUGAGUUCAAACCCCAGUGCUGCAAAAAAUAAACAAACAAAAAAAGUGGUGUGAGGGAAGGAGAGAGCCCUUCUGGAGAUACUGGUCAGGAAGAUUCCAGAAGACAGGCAGUAGGGGAAACUGAGGGAGAGGGACACAGGCAAAGCCAUGUGACCUGCAGUAAGGGCCUGUUGUGACUGAAGCCUAGCACCUCUGGAUGAGUUAUGGCCAUGUCCCUGUCAAAUGGUCCUCUUGGGAUCCUCCUCUACCAGAAGAAGGCACAAUUCCUCCCUCUUAGCCACUUAAUGACUUAAGUGACCCAGGCCCUGCUCUGGGACCGCCUCUCAUUCACAUAAGCACAGCCAGUGCAGACCUCUCAGUCACUCCUCCAGGAAGGAGCAAUUAUGUGCAUGUGCUGUGCACAUUAGGUGUGUGUGUGUCUGUGCACAUGCAUGCUCAUGUGCAAGGGUCAUGUCUACGCCUGCACCCAGCCAGCCAACUAGGGACUGGCCCAGGGAAGAGCAUGGUCAUCCCAGGCUGGCCUUGCCCUGGAUGUCCCCUCUCCCACACCACUUUCAGCUUGUGGAAAUUUCCACACUUUGCUCUGCCCUGGUUACAGCUCCUACUGCUGUAUUUAUCACCCUGGAGACACAGUGACAGGCGCACACAUGCCACACACACGCCACACACACUCAUGCUCAGCACACA